AUGAUGAUCCAGUCACGACUAUUAAGCUUUCGCUCUGCUACUCAACUAAGACCUACGUUAGGGCAAAUACGACAUAAAUCGAUCAGAACAAAGAACAGGAAAGAGUCUCCCAGGGUUAAUGCUGUGGGGAUUCAAUACCUCUCCAAGCAGCUCCAGAGCAAGGUGUUUCCCAAUUCUAUAAAUGUGAAGGAAGACCCAGCAUUACUUGAGAUAUCUAAGCAACACUUGGCCGAUAAUGAGUUAUUGGGUAAACCAACACAAAUUAGUGAUCCUAUUCAGAUAAAGAACUUCCCUGAUUUGGUCGGUGAGAGUGGCACUUUAAACGAGCAUUUCUACAAGUUGGGGAUGAAGCAAGUGGAACCUUAUUUGUCCAUGACUGAAUCAUUUUUAUCGCCAAACACUAUAUUGCCCAAUAAGCCGCAGAAAUGGGAAUUUCAGGCUGGCUGGACGAGGUAUGAACCAGGCAAAGCGCCUGAACCUGUACCCUAUCCCUUUGAAGAUGAACUCGUAUUUGAUGUAGAAGUCUUGUACAAGAACUCUCCCUACGCUGUUUUAAACACUGCAGUGAGUAAGAAAGCAUGGUAUGGAUGGGUUUCACCCUUUUUGAUAGAGUACAAGAAAGACCCAAGCUAUAACGAUUAUGAGCAUUUAAUUCCCUUUAAUUGCUUAGAUCACCCAAAAGUUUUGAUAGGGUACAACGUUGGGUAUGACAGAGCAAGAGUAUUUGAUGAAUAUAACAUCAAACAGAGUAAAGCUUUCUACUUGGACGGUAUGGCUUUACAUGUUGCAACUACUGGAAUUUGUUCACGGCAAAGAGUUCAGUGGAUGAAUUAUAAGAAAAGAGAAAAGGCUAUGGAAAAUGACGAAGAAGGCGAUACUUCAAAUACGGAAUCUGAUUUGUUUGAUUUGGCUCAACAAUUACAAGAUAACCCUUGGAUAGACAAGUCAUCGCCAAAUUCUUUGAAAAUUGUCGCCAAGCAUCACUGCGGGAUCGAAUUGAACAAGGCGGAUCGUGAUUUCUUCAGUUCAACUGAUCCUAACGAAAUUGUUGAAAAUUUUGACAAAUUAAUGACAUAUUGUUCCACUGAUGUAGAAGCUACAUUUGCGGUGACUGCUAAAUUAUUCCCAGAAUUCAGGGCCAAGGUACCUCACCCAGUUUCUUUUGCUGCUUUGAGACAUCUAGGUUCAUUAAUCUUACCUAGCACAAAGAAAUGGGAUGGUUAUGUUGAAACCGCUGAAGCCAUCUACAUGAAGCAUAAAGCCAGUAUAUCUGAAAAGCUAAAUGAGCUAGUUGAAGGUUUAAUGAAAGAGAAAAAAAGAAAGAUUGAGAAAGACGACUGGUUGUCUCAAUUAAACUGGGAAAUAAAGGAACCUAGGUUCAAAAAGGAUGGUGAACCUUUUAAACGCCAAGCUUUCCUAACUGGAUAUCCUCAAUGGUACAGAGAUUUGUAUAGAUCUGAGAAAUCAGAAUCUUCAUUAACCUUAAAAUCUAGAAAUGUUCCAAUUUUUUUGAGAUUGAAAUGGGAAGGAUAUCCAUUGUUUUGGACUAAUUCAACUGGGUGGUGCUUCAAAGUUAAGUAUAGUGAGAAGGCUAUUGCAGAAUUGGAGAAGAAGAAUUAUGUUAGAUUCAACCCAAGAAGGAAAUACGAAGAUGAGGAGGCUGAAGAUUCGGAAAUUUCUGUGGCCAAACCUUCAAAGGAAGAUGUAGAUAUUCAAGCUGUAGAUGAUCUACUUGAAUCCGGAUAUAUAUUGUUUAGGAUUCCUCAUCCGAAUGGGCCUUCUCAUAGGUGUACCAACGUCCUUGGUAAGAAUUUUUCAUCCUAUUUCGAAAAUGGUAUUCUUUCAUCUGAAAUUGAUUUUGCAAAAGAAAUUUUGAAAAUUAAUGCAGAAUGUUCAUAUUGGCUUGGUAAUAGGCAAAGAAUUAAAGAUCAAUUCAUUGUGUAUGAUGACAAAGAUGGUAAGAAGGUUGAUUUUUUCAAUGGCUCCAAGGAAGAUGCAGUAGCAAACCCAGAUAUGGGAAUUAUAUUGCCAAAGAUAUGCGCAAUGGGUACUGUUACCAGAAGAGCUGUGGAAAAUACUUGGCUCACUGCUUCGAACUCAAAAAGGACUAGAAUUGGUUCUGAAUUAAAGGCAAUGAUUGAGGCUCCUAAGGGAUACUCUUUUGUUGGAGCCGAUGUUGAUUCGGAAGAGUUAUGGAUUGCAUCAUUAGUUGGAGAUUCUGUGUUUAAGUUCCACGGUGCAACUGCUCUAGGCUGGAUGACAUUAGAAGGAACAAAAAAUGCAGGCACUGAUCUACACUCCAAAACUGCAGAUAUUUUAGGGAUUCUGAGAAAUGACGCUAAAAUUUUCAACUACGGUAGAAUAUAUGGAGCUGGUAUCAAAUUCGCAACCAGAUUGCUCAUGCAAUUUAAUGGGAAAUUGAAUGAAUCACAAGCUUUUGAAAUUGCUACUAAAUUGUAUUCGAAGACCAAAGGUAUCGCCAGGUCAUCUAAAAUGUUGAAGGGUAAAGUGUACCAUGGCGGUAGUGAGUCUGUUAUGUUUAACCAAUUGGAAACAAUUGCCAAUGAAGCUUCUCCUAGAACACCAGUCUUAGGUGCUGCCAUUACUGCUGCUUUAACCAAAAAGAAUUUGAAUUCUCAACAAUUUUUACCUUCUAGAGUUAAUUGGACAAUCCAGAGUUCUGGAGUGGACUAUUUACAUUUAUUGAUAAUAUCAAUGGAUUAUUUAAGCGAGAAGUUCAACAUCCCAUUGAGAUUAACAAUUACUGUUCAUGAUGAGUUGAGAUAUCUUUGUAAAAACGAGCACAAGUAUCAAGUGGCAUUGCUCUUGCAGAUCAGUAAUUUGUGGACGAGAGCAAUGUUCUGUCAACAGGUAGGAAUUAAUGAGGUUCCUCAAUCCUGUGCAUUCUUUUCUGAGGUUGAUAUUGAUCAUAUCCUAAGAAAGGAUGUUAAUAUGGAUUGUGUUACUCCUUCGCAACCGAAUAUUAUACCACCUGGUGAAUCAUUAGAUAUACUAUCACUUUUGGCUAAAUGUCAAAAUGGAGAUUUCUUAAGAGAAAACAAAGAUUUUAAAUAUGAUUUUUCUGCUAUUCCCUUUGAAGAAGAACCAAAGGUGUUAGACCUAUUGGAGAAGCGCUACCCUGAAGACAAAUUUGAGAAUUGGUUGGCAUUGCAGUGUGCAUUCACGUCACAGCAAUUUCAACUGACUUUGAAGUCAUUUAAUUCUUCUGGAGCUGUGGUGGAAUCUAUCAAGCCAACCAAGGUAUCUAAAAGACCGAAGAAAUCCACAGCUACAGCGACCAUUAAAUCUCUUAAACCAGGAAACACCAAAACGAAAAAGAAAGACGUACAGGAGUUUUCCAAACUUCUCACCGAAGAAGAAAGGAAGUUAGAGGUCCAAUUCGAUGCUUUUGAUAAUGAAAUUGUUGAGGAUGGCGAUAAAUUACUAGAACAAAUGCUUCUGGGAUAUGAAUUUGCACUGAAUGCAAAACGACGAAGUGCUAUUCCCACUAGCGACAAAUUGAUUACUCCAUCUACACAUUAUAGUAGAGGACAUAUGAGUAACCAACGACGGUUCAUGCUGAAGUCGUAUAGUAAUAAAAAGUAA